AUGGGCGAAAUCUGUCUAUCCGUCGCCCCCAUCCUCCGCUGUCAGUCCCUCACUAGGCUCGAAGCUGGUAUUUUUCUUCUUCCGCCUGGUCUCGAGAUCAUCUUCGCUAUCGUUUUGUUGUUGGGACGGGGAUCUGCGGACAAGAAAAAUGUCCUGCUUUCGUCGGAAGUGUUCGUCUACUUCCUGCUAGCCAUCCUCGAUCUCCUCACCCACGCCAUUCCUAACAUUGGGACGUCUCUGGAGUCUUUCAAGGCCCUCGACAUCAUUAUCGGCGUUGCCUCCCUCCUCCCUCUCUUCCUCUACACAUUCUCCCUAUACCUCCUCUCUGCGGGUCAGCUCAUACCCUCGCUGCCGGCAAGAUUUCAGAGCCUCGCCAAAUACGUGCUCCUGGCUUUCAUACCCCUCAUCCUCAUCAUGAACGAGCUCGGCUCCUUCAUCGGCAUCACCUACCGUGCCUUUGGCGGCACCAACGGCCAACCCCUCGCUCUCGGGGUCGGAUUCUCCAGCGGGGAAACAGAAAUGUUUAUGAGCAGCGUUACCCUCGUUCUCCUCGCCGCAUACCAGGCCAUCAACUUUGUCAUCGCCUUUUACCGCCUCCUCAGCGCACUAUCCUUCCAACGCUCCCUCGAGACCCGCGAGAAGACAUCGGAGGAGAAGACGACGCUGUUCCGCGGGCUCGGCUGGCUCGUCGUGGGCACCAAGCUCGGCGCCAUCGAGACCGUGAUCGGCUUCGCGCAGGGCGGCUUCGCGGUGGCUUUGACGCGACGGUUGCUCCGGAUGCUCUCGCGCGGGUGCCUCAUCAUCGGCCUUCUCAAGGGGCUGGACACUGUCGAGGACUUCCGGCUUUACAGCCCGUCUGAGGCGCAGCGGAAGCGCAAGUCGGCGCUGCGGGCGCUGAUCCAGAACCCGCGAUUCUCAACCUUCCGUCACGUCGGCGGCCACGAUUUCGAGAAGCAGCACAUGGACCCAUUCGACGACAAGCACGCGUCGGUCAUCAAGCUUGGAGACCCGUCGUGGAUGCGUCGCGACCGCAAGGGCAGCGCGGCGGCGGACGAGGAGCGUUACACGCCUGGGCUUAUGCAGACGCAACGCAAGUCAAGCCGGCUCACGUUCCAGCUUUCGUCACGUCCAUCGAUGACGCGCAGGUCUGUGCGCGACUCCGUGUCGUCCUUCGGUUCCGUCCGGCGCAGCUCUUGGUCGCUCGGCGAGAGCAGCUACGUCGACCUCGGCGAGGAUCUGGGCUUGACCCCCUUGUCGCCGAACACGGCAUCGCGACAACGCGUCACGGUUUUCAUCCGCCAGGACCGCCUACCGAUCCUCGAGCUCCGUCGGUUCUCGAAUCUCGACUUCCUCGACCUCAUCCAGGACCCGUUCCGCGACCCCCCGCUGCGCUCGCGCUCCCUGCCGCUCUUCGAAAACCCCAGGCCGGCCCCGGCUGGCGAGACAUCGAAGGGCAAGGGCCCUGCGCACGCGCACGCGAUCUCCGCGUCUUUCACCCGACUCCCCGUGUACCAGCAGCCGCCAAUGCCCGCGCCGCCACUCCCAACGCUCCUCGCCCGCGCCAACACCGCCCGCGAUUCACGCUCGACCGUGCGCUCCAACUCCGUCGACAGCCGCACCCGGAAGUCUUGGGCGGUCCCCACACCCGGAAUUGCGAUCGGGUCUCCGAGCGACAGUGCGGUCAGCUUCGGCUCGCAACGGAUGUCCAUCGUCUCCUCUGCCAGCUACGAGUGGGGGUACGACGACGAGUCGCGCCCGGAGUCCACUCUGCUCGCGAUGUCCCCCGAGGAUAUGGAGCCCGCGUCGCCUCCCGCGGCUCGACCCGCUGCGCGUGCGAUGGGUACGGGAAUGAGCGCGCUCGCGAUCAUGACCGACAUCCGGCAGCCUCCCUCGUCGUUCAGGUCCGCGGGCGUCACGUCGCCGUCGGACACGAUCGCGAGCUUCGAGAGCCCCGAGUCGUACGCAGGGCAUGGCUUCCAGCGGGAGAGCCGGAGCCGGUUCGAGCGCGGGCUGAGCUCAAGCACAACCGCGAGCGAGGUGAACGCGCUCGCGACGCAGUUCCCCGGCGUUCCGGGCGUUCCUGCCGUGCCGUCACGCCCGACGUCGUACGCGCGCGGUGCCGCCCCGGCGCGGCGGAGCCUGCUCUCGCGCGAGGUCAAGCCCUCACAGAUGCUCAGCCCCGACUCGGAAUACGCGCCGUCGCUACCUGUGCGCGCGCCUGUCCGGACGCCGUCAAGCAAGCGCAAGCCCGCGCCGCUCCUAACGCGCGGGCUCGUGGAGGAGGGCAUGCGCGACGUCGAGGUCGUGCAAGACGACUCGUCGAUGGUAGGCUCGCUGCCCACGCCGGAGUCCGCGCCUCACUAUCCCUCGUCCCUCGGACGGGCGGGAUCGAGGACACGGCCGCCUGGACGCUCCAGCCACCCCGACGUCCCCGAGAACGCCUCGCCGAGCUCGAUUGGCGUCGUCCGCAGCGCGUCGCUGGCCAAGCGCGACGCGUCCGCGUCCCCCCGGCUCGUGCGCGUCAAGAGCGUCGGGAAGAGCCCCGCCAAGUCCGUCGCGCGGUCGCGCAUCCCCGGCCUCCCGCGCGAGAGCAUCAAGGUCGAGCUGGGGCACAUCGCGGCGCAGGGGCGUACUCUGCAGGAGGAUGAGGCGGCCAUCGGAGCUGCGGUGUAG